UCACAAACGCAAAUACGGUGACAAACAAUUGUAUGUGGCUGAUUAUUUGAGGAACUUAGAAAAAGGACUGGACGCGUAUUUUGCGAUAAAACGAGUCCGUAGCCUACUGGUGUUAGUUGAAAGUACAGUUAUGCGACUGCACGACUUGGAGCAGCGUUGUUAUUAAAGUUGAUUCAAAAAAACAAUGUGACGUCACAUCACAAUGGCAGCCAGCAGCACGGCAGUGACAGUGCUCGCUCCGAAUGGACGGAGGCAAAUUGUAAAAAUCUCACCCAGCACGCCUUUAUUGCAGGUUUUGGAAGACGUGUGCAAGAAGCAAGGAUUCAGUCCGGACGACUAUGAUCUCAAGUUCCAGAGGACGGUUCUGGACCUUUCCCUGCAGUGGCGCUUCGCCAGCUUGCCCAACAAUGCCAAGCUGGAGAUGGUGCCCGGUACCAGGCAGAGAGCGGGGGAGACCAGGGUUCGUAUCGCUCUGCAGUUGGAGGAUGGUUCCCGGGUGCAGGACUCCUUCUCCAACGCACAAACACUCUGGGAGCUCAUCAGCCGCUUCCCCCAGACCAGGGUGCAGGAGCUGCAGCAGAGUGAGACCACGCCCGUCUGCCUCUACAUGAGGGACGAGGUGGCUGGGGAGGAGUCCCUCCGGCAGACCACCCUCCGGUCCCUGGGGCUGACCGCGGGCACCGCCAUCAUCAGGUUUGUUCUAAAGAGCACCAGAUCGCCUGGGGACGGGGUCUCCACGGAGACGGUUGCCCAGGCGACGGAAAAACUCCCGGAACCCGCCCGGCCCCUCUCGGAGUGUCGCCCCACCCCCGAGCCAUUGCCACAGGCCCCGCCCCCUCAGAGCCCCGCCCGCCAGCCCCGCCCACUCAGGGAGGAGCCAGAGGCCCCGCCCCCACAGAGCCCCGCCCGCAAGCCCCGCCCACUCAGGGAGGAGCCAGAUGCCCCGCCCCCGCAGAGCCCCGCCCGCCAGCCCCGCCCACUCAGGGAGGAGCCAGAGGCCCCGCCCCCACAGAGCCCCGCCCGCAAGCCCCGCCCACUCAGGGAGGAGCCAGAGGGGGACCCGGAGCCCCAGCAGGUGGUGCGGGCCAAAGCCCGGCCGCUGCACAGACCGGAGGAGGAGGAGGACCGGCCCGGCCCCAGCGGGCUCCGCCCCCCGCACGCGGCCCCGCCCCCCACACAGGCCCCGCCUCCCGGCUUUGUGCCCUUCUCCGGGGGGGGCCAGCGUCUCGGGGGCGAUCUGGGGCCCCGUCCGGGGGGCAAGGGGGAGGCCCCCCAAACCUACAGCUCCAGCCCCGCCGGGCCCCCCCAAGCCAAGAAGCACAAGCCCAGCGACGAUGCCAAGUUUCAGCAACCCAACGGUGCCACGCUCGCGGGCCAGAGUGACGGACAGGGGGAGGAGCUUCUGGAGCCUGUGGACAGGGAGGCUUUGCUGUACCACAUGGAUGCUGCAGCCCGUCGCCAUGACAACAGGGAGGACCCGCCCGACGAGUUCUUCGAAGUGACCGUCGACGACAUCAGGAAACGAUUCGCACAGCUCAAGAGUGAGAGGCGGCUGCUGGAGGAGGCCCCUCUCAUGACCAAGGCUCUGAGAGAGAGUCGCAUGAAAGAGAAGGUGGAGAGGUACCCCAAGGUGGUGGUGAGGGUCCAGUUUCCAGACCGACACGUGCUACAAGGAUUCUUCAGACCGCUGGAGACAGUCGGGGCUCUGAGGCAGUUUGUGAAGAGUCACCUGGAGAACCCUCACCAGUCCUUCUAUUUGUUUAUCGCCCCUCCGAAAAGCACCCUGGACGACCCCACGGCCACGCUCUUCCAGGCUAACCUGUUUCCUGCAGCACUGAUAUACUUUGGCUCUGAUGUGCAGACAGACUCGUGGCUCCAGAGGCAGCUCCUGGACUCCAGUGUGUCAGCGCUGCAGGCUGAUGAAGCUAUAGCAGGCUGCAUGCCCAGGUCCCCGACCCCAUCAUCCGCCUCACUGCUUCCGGAAGAGUCCUUUCCGCCGCCCGUGGAUCCACGUGAGCCGGCCAAUCCGCAGGGAGCAGAGCCGGCCAAUCCGCAGGGAGCAGAGCCGCCCGCGCCCCAGACCGUCAGAACGGAUCCCAGCCAGGUGCCCAAGUGGCUGAAACUGCCAGGUAAGAAGUGAGGAGUGAGGCGGUGCUCUCCGGUGAGGGGGUCAGAGGUCAGAGGUCAGGGGGCUGCUCAAUGCCGUCCCUGCCGUCCCUGGGUCACUUCCUGCUUCAGAGCUGGGGCAAACGUCAGCUCCUCCCUAGUUUUACAGCAGCCAAUAAAGAGAGUUACCUCAGCAAA